AUGGCCAGGAGAGGAACUGGAUCUUUGGGAAAGAGGAUACAGCUUCUCACUAACCAUUUUAGAGUUGAUAUGGGGAGGAACAAAGGCUACUUCUUUCAUUAUGAUGUUGCCUUGCGUUAUGAAGAUGGGAAAUCAGUUCAAGCCAAGGGUAUAGGGAGAAAAGUUCUAGCUGAGGUUUGGAGAACAAAUACUGAGCUGGAAGAGUUUAGUUUUGCAUAUGACGGUGGCCAAAAUUUAUUCACUCUUGAUCCUCUACCAUGUGAGAAGCAACAAUAUACUGUUGAGUUAAAAGAAAAUUUAUCAAGGAGGGUUGGAAGGAUUGGACGCCCUGAUAUAAACUACGAGACCACAAUUCCGUUGCGAGCAAUUGAGAAUGCAAUGAAUGAUCAGCAUUCUCGAAACUCUUCGGAAGCACCUGAUGAUGCUCUAAACAUCAUACAGAGACAGCAUGCAGCAAAACUAUCACAAUAUCGGUUGAAUAUUAUCAUUGUGGAUAUCAACUACGUAACUAAAAUUCCAUUGCAUGAAAUUGCAAAUGCAUUGAGUGGUCAGAAUUCUAGAAACUUUCAAGAAUCACUGAAGGUUCUAAACAUGGUACUAAGGCAGCAUGAUGCAGAAAGGAUAUUGGAGGUGGUGUGCAAGCCUGCAGUGGUUUUCGCUCGACCUUUCGAGCCACACAAGGAGGAUUAUCUCUCAACGUUGCCUGGACCUGUGGUGGACUUCCUUCUCCAGAGUCAAAAUGUUGGAAAGAUUGAAAACAUUAACUGGACAAAGGUGAUAGACAGAUAUAUAUUGCCAUUAUAUCUAGUAGUAGAGGCAAAAAGAAUGCUUAAGAACCUUAGAAUCGAGGUUAAUGGCGUUGAAUUCAAAAUCACUGGACUGAGUGACUACACUUGCAGGAAUCAGAAAUUUCUAUUAAGGCAAAAAGAUGAAGAGAACGAAAAUGAAAUCACAGUUUAUGACUACUUUACGAACAAUAAAAUGAUUAGCCUGCAUAGUUCAGCUGAUAUUCCGUGCAUCAAUGUUGCCACACCACAACGCCCGUCUUACUUUCCAAUAGAGCUAUGUGUACUGGUCUCCAUGCAGCGGUACACCAAGGCACUGACAAAUUUGCAAAGGGCUCAGGUAGUGAAAAAGACAAGGCAAUGUCCCAAAGAAAGGAAAGCUGAUGUUGAAAAAUCAUUAAGAAGCAACAAAUAUGAGGAUGAAUGUAUGCUUCGCUCUCUUGACAUUAACAUUGAUCUUAACAUAACCCAACUUGAGGGUCGUGUAUUGCAACCUCCAAAGCUUGUAGUCGGAAACAAAAGGGACAUCACUCCCCUCAAUGGGCGCUGGAAUUUUUUUGAUGAGCAACUAUUUGCCCCUAUGACAAUUGAUAAAUGGGCCGUUGUAAGCUUCUCAAGUGAGUGUGACACAACACUGUUGAUACAAAACAUUGAGGAAAUUAGUGCUGCUAUAGGAAUGAACAUGAAGAAUAUACUACACAACAAGGUAAUUGAAGAAAAUUUCAGAUUUAUAAAUCAACCAGCACAUGUCAGGGUAGAACAAAUGCAUAAAAAGCUGCACAAGACUCUUCCGGGAAAACCUAGUUUUCUGCUGUGUAUUCUUCCAAACAAGAAUUCUGAUAUUUACGGUCCGUGGAAAAAGAAAUUUUCAGUUGAUGACGGGGUUGUAACGCAGUGUAUUAGUGCACAACAAAAAUUUGAUCGUCGGUACAUUACUAAUGUACUCUUGAAAAUCAAUCUAAAGUUUGGCGGGAUGAAUACCAAUCUGUCAAGGGAGCAUGAGAAGAAAAUUCCAAUUGUUUUUGAUAAACCCACCCUAAUUCUUGGUAUGCAUGUUUCUCAUGGAUCUCCUGCUAGAUCUAAUGUUCCCUCCAUUGCUGCGGUUGCGAGCUCAAGAUGUUGGCCUCAAAUUACACGUUAUAGAGCUGCUGUCCGUGCACAGUCUGCAAAAAAUCAGAUGAUUCAAUCUUUGUUCAUGUCUGAUGACGCUGAUUAUCCUUCAGAGGAUAAGGGUAUCAUCAGGGAUGGAGUGAGUGAAUCACAGUUCAAGCAAGUACUCAAUGAUGAGUUGAAUCAAAUAAUACAGGCAUGCAAAUUACUUGACGAAGACUGGGAUCCAAAGUUCACUUUAAUUGUUGCCCAAAAGAAUCAUCAUACUAGGUUCUUCAACCCCAAAGAUGAAGAAUAUAAUGUUCCAAUUGGAACCGUAAUUGACAGCACUGUCUGUGAUCCCAAAAACAAUGACUUCUACUUGUGUGCUCAAGUUAGGGACAAGAUAAAAAAAGAAACAACCCGCCAACACGGAACAACUCGACCUGUUCACUACCAUGUUUUACACGAUGAAAUCGGGUUCUCAACUGAUGAACUGCAGGAACUCGUGCAUUCUCUAUCUUACACGUAUCAAAUUAGCACAUCUGCUGUAUCAUUAGUUGCUCCUCUUUGUUAUGCGCGCUUGGCCGCUAGACAGAUGGCAAAAUUUGUGAAGUGUGAUAAACAAAGUAAGGCUUCUCUCAGGCAUGGUGGAGACACAUCGUCUGCUGCACAUCCAUUACCAAUUCUUCCCCAACAACUCAUGGAGAGCAUGUACUUUUGUUAA